CCGCCGCUCUUCCAGUCGGCGCAGUACGCGGGCGCCCAGGGGGGAGGAAGCGACGUGUAAGGACCUAUAGAGACACGCCAAGGAUCCGUCUUUGGUUGCUCCACGGCUACUCUCUAUGGUGCUGCCGACUCUGGCACACUCGACCUACACAGACAGACACACUUAUACAUGAUGAAGAUUGUUGCGUCUCUCUUUGCUAUUUUGGCGGCAUUGUUCCUCUUUGUCUCGCAGUCGGCCGCCAGCGCCGGUGAAGCCGGCGACCUUCCAGAGAUCACCCACAAAGUUUACUUCGACAUCACACGGGGCAGCGAGCCUCUGGGCAGAAUCGUCAUUGGCCUCUUCGGGGAUGUGGUGCCAAAGACAGUCGAGAACUUCUACCAGUUGUCCAAGUCGGGCGACCCAACCUUCGGCUACGAGGGCAGCACGUUCCACAGAGUUAUUAAGAGCUUCAUGAUCCAGGGUGGCGACUUCACCAAGGGAAAUGGGACCGGCGGCAAGUCUAUCUACGGCGCCAAGUUCCCGGACGAGAACUUCAAGUUGAAACACGACAGACCGGGCCUGUUGUCGAUGGCCAACGCCGGCAAGGACACCAACGGCUCCCAGUUUUUCAUCACCACUGUUAAGACCCCGUGGCUCGACGGCAAGCACGUCGUCUUUGGCGCAGUUGUCGAGGGCUUUGACGUCGUCCAGAAGAUCGAGAACUCCAAGACCAGCUACGGCAACAAGCCUGUUGUUCCGAUCAAGAUCCAGGCGUGCGGGGCUCUCGAAGUUGACGCCGCCGCCGCCCCUGUCGGGAAGGACGAGUUGUAAGUUCUUCAUCCUUUUCUUUCUACUAGAUCUCUGUAUUUCCUGUAUACUCGUCGAAACCCCCAUCUUCCACGUCCAUCUCCAGCUGCCCAAGCCCUCUCCGGGGCAGGCACCCGCCACACCACCGCUACGCCGACUGCACCGCCACGGCGCUGC